AUGUCUGCGAACAAAAACGGCCAUGUCAAUCGUGGCGCAAACGGUCAUGAUGCUAGCAAUACGAAUGGAAGAAUGAUUAGCAAACGAUUUUCCGACAUCCCCUCAGCUAUCGAUAUUCCGGUGACAGGAGAAGAUGAUGAUCAGGCAGUCGAAAUCGAUCUCGAAGAUUUACUCGAUGACCCCACUGAACUAUGUACAUUACUCGAAAACGAAGGUGCGGCUCGCACAUAUUGGAUGACAGUUGCACUAGCAUACGCGAAGCAAAAGAAGGUUGAUCAUGCCAUUGAGAUGUUGACAAAAGGUCAAUCUGCUAUGCGCGGUGGUAACAAGGAGAGACUCAGCAUGCUCACAUGUUUAUGCUGGAUGUACCUAUGGAAGAGUAAAGAGGCACCUCGCCAUCGGCCAGAUAGCGUGGAACAUGGAGAAGAGAUCAAAACGAAAGAGGAUUGGUUGAAAAUGGCGACGUCGAAUUUGAAUGACGCCUCCCGAAUUAACCCAUCAUUUCCACCGCUAUUCUUAGCACGAGGUGUCUUGCAACUUCUCCGAGCAUCUACUCGACCAUUCCCGAGAAAUAAUACAGCACCCGGCGCACUGGACCCCGAGAAGGCUGAGCUUCUACGAGGAGCCCAAAAGUCAUUUGAGGAUGCAAUCAAGGCUUCACACGGUAGAAAUAUGUUGGCAGUAUUGGGCAAGGCAAGGGCUGCAUAUUCAAUGGGUAAAUACGCAGAGGCUUUGGAAGGAUACCAAGAAGCAUUACGCUCAAUGCCAGAUCUGGUAGAUCCCGAUCCAAGAAUUGGAAUCGGCUGUUGUUUCUGGCAGUUAGGUUUCAAGGAAGAUGCAAAGGCCGCUUGGGAGCGAUCCUUGGAGAUAAACCCGGAUUCGAAGGUUGCAAAUAUAUUGCUCGCUCAAUUCUACCUCGACCAGAGCGCACACGUACCAACGAAUAGCCCAGAAUUCAUCCAAUUAUAUAAGAAGGCCAUGACCGAGUAUACUCAGAAAUCCUACAAAGCUGAUAAGGACAUGCCUUUAACUUGCGCCACCUUUGCCGGAUACUUCUUAUCACGCAAAUCGAUGCCAAAUGUCGAGGCUCUAGCCCAAAAAGCUAUUCAAUACACAGACGUUAAUGCAAUCGCAAGUGAUGGAUGGUAUUUACUUGCGAGAAAAGAGCACUUCGAAGACAAUUACGAGAAGGCUCUAGAUUACUACGGUCGGGCUGAUGACGCGCGUGGUGGUGCCGACAGGGGAUAUAUGCCUGCCAAGUUUGGAGCUGCACAAUUAUCUGUCCUGAAAGGCGAUUUUGGAGAAGCAAAAUUACGACUCGAGAAAAUCAUCCAACAAUCAAAGAACAUUGAGGCCAUGAUUUUACUGGGCACCUUGUAUGCAGAAGAGGUGUUCAGCAGCCAGGAGAGCGGAGUCAAAGAAGAUAAAACCACGGAAUACAAGAAGGCUGUCGGUUAUCUUGAAAAUGUCCGUACAGCAUGGAAGGAUCCUAAGAAGAAUCUUGUUCCUGAUGCGUCGGUUCUUCUCAAUCUUGCGAGACUUUACGAAACAGAACAACCCGAGAAAAGCUUGCAAUGUCUCCAGCAAGUCGAGCAAAUCGAGUUUGAUCAGAUCCCAGCUGCGGAUAAGCCAGAGGAGACAGACGAUGAAGUUGCAUACAAGAAUGCUAUGCGCGAAAACCUUUCCCCUCAACUGCUUAACAAUAUCGGAUGCUUCUAUUAUCAAUCCGAGAAGUAUGAUCUAGCUCGCGAGAUGUUUCAAGCUGCGUUGAAUGCUUGUGUUAAAGCUGGUGAAAAGCUUGAAGGCAUGGACACUGAUGCAUUGGUCACUACUAUCAGUUUCAACCUUGGACGUACGUAUGAGGCUAGCGGUAUGCCUGACGAAGCGAAGACGGUCUAUGAAGGGUUGUUGGGCCGUCACAGUGAUUAUACUGAUGCUAAAACACGUUUGGCAUACAUCGCGCUGCGUCGGGACCGAGCAGAAGAAGGACCCAAAGCUGUUUCCGCUCUAUAUAAAGAGUCUUCUGCUGAUCUUGAGGUUCGAGCAUUGUACGGGUGGUAUCUAGGACGUAUUCCCUCCCGAAAGAGACCUAGCAAUGUCAACGAGGAUUUAGAAUAUCGUCAUUACAAGCAUACUUUGCAACAGUAUGACAAGCAUGAUAGAUAUGCCUUGAUUGGUAUGGGUAACCUCAACCUCAUGGCUGCUCGUGAGAUGCGUCGUGAUUCCGAGUCAGACAAGCAAGCCCGAAGUAAAACCUACACGAAAGCGGUCGAAUUCUUCGAUAAAGCUUUACAGCUGGACCCUAAAAGUGCUUAUGCUGCUCAGGGUAUAGCAAUUGCACUUGUGGAGGACAAAAAGGAUUCUAAAACCGCCCUUCCUAUCUUUUUGAAGGUAAGAGACACAGUGAAGGACCCAAGUGUAUUCGUCAAUCUCGGUCACAUAUUUGCAGAGUCGCGACAAUAUUCCAAGGCUAUUGAACAUUAUGAAGCAGCUUUAACGAAAGAUCGGGCUCAUGAUAGUCACAUCUUGACUUGUUUGGGACGAACUUGGCUGUCGAAAGGAAAAAGUGAUAAGAGCUUAUCGUCGUUUAAGAGUGCGCUUGAUUACUCAAUAAAGGCUCUUGAGAUUUCCCCCGAGCAGGUCCACUACAAGUUCAACGUUGCAUUUGUACAGCUUCAACUAGCGACUAUGAUUUACAACUUGCCAGAAACUCAAAGGUCCCUUGAAGAAGUCCAAGGUGCAGCCAAGGGUCUCGAAGAUGCUAUCGAAGCUCUUGACGCUAUUGCUAAACAUUCUAAUCCACCAUAUCCUAAACAUGACAUUGAACAACGUGCUAACAUGGCGCGAAACACAAUGCGUCGUCAAUUGGAACGUGCAAUUCAAGCGCAAAAAGAGUACGAGGAAAAGAACGCUUCAAAGAUUCAGGCUGCAAAGGAACAGAGAGAGGCCGAGUUGAGGAGAAGAGAGGAGGUGCGCGAAGCAGCUGUGAGGGCGGAAAAUGAACGCAAAGCAAAGAUCGCGGAAGAGAGACAGAAGAUUGCAGAGAGAGAUCGUGAAUUGGCUCAGGCAAGAGCUGCUGAUGAUAUUGCCAGAGAAAACGCGGACAUGACUACGGAUAGUGAGACUGGUGAGAGGAUUAAAAGGAAGAAGAUUCCCAAAGGUAGAUCGGGUGGCGGGAAACGCAAGAAGAAGGAGGAUGGAAUUACCGAUGAUGAGGAUUCCGGCGCGGAGGAGGGAGGUAGUAGAUCACAAAGGAAGAGUAGAAAAGCGAGAAGGGGUAGUGGGAGCGAGGAGGAAAAGCCAAAGACUAAGAAGAGAAGACUUGCUAAGAAGGGAGGAGAGAAGAAAGACGAAGGCAAAUAUAAGAGUAGUGAGAUCGUGGUGGAGAGUGACAGUGAUGGGGAUGAUGGAGCUGAUGAGGCGAGAAAGGCUAUGGAGGGUGAGGCUGGAGACGAUGUUGAAAUGCAGGAGGCAACAAAUGGUCAGACUACCACCGCUGGUGGCGACAGUGACGAGGAAGAACAAGUCGUUAAGACGACAAGGAAGAGUAGAAGAGGUGUAAUUGAAGACGAUGAUGAUGAAGAUAUCGAGGCUGAUACUAGCGCUGUCGCUGCUACUCACCAAGAAGAUUCUCCAAACACGGCAAACGAGGAUAAUGAUACCCCAAUGGCGGGGACGGCGGUAGCGGAUGAUGAUGACGAGUAG